AUCAGGAGACCGCGGGUGUACGGAGCUCAGAGCGGCCUUCCAGCCUGCGAGAGAGCGGGGCCGAGCAGCUGAGCAGCCGAGCACAACUCGCCUUCGUCCUCCUCGUCCUCCUCAUCUUCUCGGCGCAAGCUGCACUUCGUCCGGCUUCAAUGAAACUGGCAGCGAUGAUCAAGAAGAUGUGUCCCAGCGAGGCUGAGCUGAGCAUCCCCGCCAAGAACUGCUACCGCAUGGUCAUCCUGGGCUCCUCCAAGGUGGGCAAGACGGCCAUCGUCUCGCGCUUCCUCACCGGCCGCUUUGAGGAGCAAUACACACCCACCAUCGAGGACUUCCACCGCAAGGUCUACAACAUCCGGGGAGAUAUGUAUCAGCUGGACAUCCUGGACACCUCAGGGAAUCACCCUUUCCCUGCCAUGAGAAGGCUUUCCAUCCUGACAGGUGAUGUUUUCAUCCUCGUGUUCAGCCUGGACAACCGGGACUCUUUUGAGGAGGUGCAGCGCCUAAAGCAGCAGAUCCUGGAGACCAAGUCGUGCCUGAAGAACAAAACCAAGGAGAACAUCGAGGUGCCCCUGGUCAUCUGCGGCAACAAGGGAGACCGGGACUUUUACCGGGAGGUUCAGCCCCGAGAGAUCGAGCAGUUGGUGGGCGCAGACCCCAAGAAAUGUGCCUACUUCGAGAUCUCAGCCAAGAAGAACAGCAGCCUGGAUCAGAUGUUCCAGGCGCUCUUCGCCAUGGCCAAACUGCCCAGUGAGAUGAGCCCCGACCUGCACCGCAAGGUCUCGGUGCAGUACUGCGACAUCCUGCACAAGAAGGCUCUGAAAGGCAAAAAGCUGCUCAAAGAGGGCGGCCGGGGCAGCACGGAGGAGGCGUACGGCGUCGUGGCUCCCUUCGCCCGCCGGCCCAGCGUCCACAGCGACCUCAUGUACAUCCGUGAGAAAGCCAUCGGCGGGGGGCACGGCAAGGAGAAGGACCGCUGUGUGAUCAGCUAGGAGCCCCAGCACCAAGGAGGGAAGAAGGGAGGAAGGAAGGAAGGGAAGGGGGAAGGAUGCUCGUUUCCAACGGGACUUUGGGCAGGCAGGAGGGCGGGCACGCACCCAGCUGGGUGCAGACUUGCCUCUUCCCCAGCCUCCCUCCUCCCAUCGGCUUCUCCCCCCCCAACAAGGGGCACAUGCUGGGAGAGGGGGAGGAUUUGGAGGCAUGAGGGGAACGAGGAGAUGAGAAUGGCAAAGAGCGGAUGGUGAGCUGGGGGGGAUGAGCGCUCCCAAACCGCCCAGCCUUGGGCCAGGGCAUUGCUGUCAGGAGGGCAGAGACCUGUGAGGAUCCACCUGGGGCUUAUAGGUUUCUUUUUAUUUCCUUCUGUUUAUUUUAACCUGAGGAGCCGUGCACAGACUCGGGCUCUGUGUCGUGUGUUUGUCUGUGUUCACCAAACACGUGCAGAAGACACUUCUAAGCUGUUGCAAAGACUCUGCAGAGUUACAGCCCCAAUGGACCAAAAACUGACUCUUGUUUACAUUUGUCUUGUCUGAUUUGCAAGAUCUGGGGGGAGGGGGGGUGUGGAGUGGGGUUUUUUAAAUGGGAAAACAAUAGGCACUUUAUGUAGGUAUUGGCUGUCAUCGACAUGAACAAAAACCUUCGAGUGUUUCUACGGUGGCUGAAAGUUGAUGUUUUAUUUUUUCUACAAAACAAUAAAAAUCUUUUUUCAAACGAU